CCUUAAUUUUAGGAAAGAGUGUAACUCUCGCAGCCGCAGGUGACGAGCGUAAGAAUGAGACGGAGAAAGAACGAUUCUACAAAUAAGCACCCAGAUCUAUCUGAAGAAGAAGAAAAAGAAGAAAAGAAGUUUCCAGAUUCUUCGAAGAAUGUGUUGGCGAUUUGUUUGGGAUUUAGAAUGCUGAACGCGUUGUUGAUUCAAACUUACUUCAAUCCAGAUGAACACUGGCAGGCCCUUGAAGUUGCUCAUCGCAUCGCCUUUGGGUAUGGUCAUUUGACAUGGGAGUGGGAGAAGGGAAUCCGAAGCUACUUGCAUCCGAUGGUGUUCGCUCUCUUUUACAAACUUCUUGCGUUAUUGGGUCUUGAUACACCAUGGUUCAUGAUGAAGGCCCCAAGACUGCUGCAAUCCAUAUUUUCUGCAGUUGGCGAUUUAUACUUGUAUAAGCUUUCCCUUGUCCUGUUUGGUGCCGAUGUUGCAAAAUGGGCUCUAUUUUCUCAAUUGGCAAACUGGUUCAUGUUUUUCUGUUUCAAUCGUACAUUAUCAAAUAGUUUGGAGACUGUUCUCACUCUUGUGAGCCUUUACUAUUGGCCAUCAAUGAGAAGUUCUUUGAACAAAGUUCCUUCAGAUUCAAGAAAGUGGGGUUUGGCUCUAGCUGCAUUAGCUUGUGCCAUUAGACCAACAAGUGCUAUCAUUUGGGUGUAUGUUGGCCUACUUGAGCUGUACUUGACUCAUGAGCGGCUGAGAUUUAUUUUUCUGGAGUUGAUUCCUAUUGGGACUGUGGUGCUUGGACUUAUGUGUUUGUUGGAUCGUCUAAUGUAUGGCUCCUGGGUCUUAGUACCACUUAAUUUUCUCAAGUUCAAUUUUCUUUCCUCUGGAGGUGAUUAUUAUGGAACUCACAAGUGGCACUGGUACUUCUCUCAGGGAUUUUCAGUGAUGCUAUUCAGUUUUCUACCAUUUUGUGUUGCUGGCAUUAUCAAGUCUAGAUAUUGGAAGCUUUCUGGGCUUAUUCUGUGGGUGUUAGGACUUUACAGUAUACUUGGUCACAAAGAAUUCAGGUUUGUCCUUCCUGUGCUUCCCAUAAGUUUGAUUUUCUCUGGAUACUCACUAGCUGCAUUUGAAGAACAUGGUUCUCCAAAUGGUGGAAUUAAAAGAUCUUCAUGCAUUUACAACAAACGGCCUUUGAAAAUGCAACUUGCUAUCUUCUUCUUGCUUGCAACCAAUAUUCCAAUGGCCCUCUAUAUGAGUUUGGUUCAUCAGAGAGGAACUGAGGAUGUGAUGAACUAUCUAUCUAAAGAAGCUGUAAAAGAGCAAGUGAAAAGUAUCAUUUUCCUAAUGCCCUGCCAUGCCACACCCUACUAUUCAACUCUACAUCGCAACCUGCCCAUGCGGUUUUUGGAUUGCUCACCAGGCGAAGAGAAGGGAAUCCCUGAUGAAUCGGACUGUUUCAUGAUGGAUCCAGUUGGUUUUGCAGUAAAUUUUACAAAAAAUUGGUCUCACCCUAGUCACAUUGUGUUGUUUGAUUCAGAGGAGAAGCAAUUAAGAAAUUUUCUAGUUUCACAUUCUUUUAGAGAGGUUAGAAGGUUUUUCCACGCUCACUUCAAGGUGGACCGUGAUCUUCAAGCUUCAGUUGUUGUAUAUGCUAUGACUGGCACAUGAAAGUUGUUUCAAACACAACCAGUUUUGUAAUCUAGCCUUGAUUGGUUUUUUAGAAAUUAAAAAAAAAAAGGAAAUUUGAACUUGAUCAAGAAUCAUGUUUUUCCUGUCUGGAAUACAUGCUUAUGUUGUCAGGAGUGCAGUGCGCUGCAAGUUGUCUUAGAACGAAAGAAAAAAAAAGCAAUUACUUGCAUUAAUUAAACCUUUAUUUAUUUCGAAGAUAAUCUGAUCUUAAACAGAUUUUGAUCUUCACCGAGUUUGGACUAGACUAGGUUCAGAUCAUCUCCAAAUAUAGUGAACAUUUGCAGAUGUGUUAGAGAAAUAGAUUAAGAUCAUUCCCCACAAGCAACACGUUAUACGUCACAGUUCAUGCACGGCAUUGUCCGUUUCCGUCAAUUGAAGCUUAAAGUAUUGACAAAGUAUUAUUUGCUUUGAUCUUUUUGAUUUCAUAAUUUUGUUUCACAGAAAUUAUCUUACAAGUUAUGACUCUUCCAUAAAAAUCAUGACACUUGACCUAUUUAUGGACUAACUGAUUACUUGGCAACCGC